AUGGCCAAGGAGGUAUUCGAUACCUCAAUCGACGAGGAUGUUGCUCUCGAGCAUCUCGGGUACCAACAAGAGUUCAAGCGCUCAUUUGGUUUAUUUGACAUGGUAGGGUUCAGCUUCAGUAUUGUGACAUGUUGGACGGCCUUGAGUGGAGUAUUCAUCAUUGGCGUUGAGGCAGGCGGACCACCGGUGAUGAUCUUUGGCUGGAUAGGGGUCUGUGUGGUCACGCUGUUCAUUGCGUUAGCCAUGGCCGAGAUGUGUGCAAGAUGGCCAGUCAGUGGAGGUCAGUACUCGUGGGUGGCCAUGCUGGCACCGCCCAAGGUAGCUCGACAAUUGUCUUACAUCACCGGAUGGUUUAUGCUGGUUGGCAUCCUGGCCAUGGGCGCAGUGAAUAAUUCAGUGGCAUCCAACUUCAUUUUGGGCAUGGCCAACCUAGUCUUCCCCACGUAUACUAUCGAGAGAUGGCAUACAGUUCUAGUUGCAUGGGCUGUGGCAUUCUUUGCUUUAGGUAUUAAUAUUUUUGCGCCUCAGGCGCUCCAUCGCCUAUCGCGCAUGAUUCUGGUAUGGAACAUUGCGUCGUUCAUUAUCAUCAUCAUCACACUCCUCGCGACCAAUGAUCGUAAGCAGAGCGCAGACUUCGUCUUUGGUGAGUUUCGCAACACCACUGGCUUAGACGCGGCGAUGGCCACGAUCGUGGGGAUUCUCCAGAGCUUUUUCGGCAUGUGCUGCUACGAUGCUCCUAGCCAUAUGACGGAAGAAAUGACCCAUGCAAGCCGCGAUGCCCCGAAGGCAAUUAUACUGGCCGUCAUAAUGGGUGCCGUUACUGGCUUCUUCUUCAUUCUCACGCUAUGCUUCUGCAUGGGUGAUAUCGACAGCACGGCAAAUUCCACCACGGGAGUCCCUGUCAUCCAGAUCUUCUAUCAUUCCACACAAAGCAAAGCAGGGACUUGUAUCCUAGCGGGUAUGAUGACUGUCAUUAUUGUCGUUGCAUCUGUAAGUCUCGUGGCGGAAGGGUCUCGAUCCGUGUACGCCUUUGCUCGGGACCAUGGACUGCCCUUCUCCAAGGUAUGGUCCAAGGUCGAGCCAAAGCAGAAGAUACCUGUAUACGCGAUUUUCCUUACCUUGGUUGUUCAGCUGGCUCUCAACGCAAUCUACUUCGGUACAGUGACAGGAUUCGAAACGGUGAUUUCCAUCGCCACCACGGGUUUCUACGUCUCCUACGGCCUCGUUCUCUUGGCACGACUCCUUGGCUAUAUGUUUGGCCACUAUACUUCCACCUUCACCGGGCCAUACUCGCUUCCAUCGUCUGUGUCUAUCGCUUUCAAUGCCAUUGGGCUACUUUUUCUGUUAUUUGGUUCCAUCACCUUCAAUUUCCCCUCCGAGGCCCCAGUCACAUCGAGCUCCAUGAACUAUACCAGUGCGGCCAUCGGGCUGGUAACACUGCUAAGCUUUGUGACCUGGUUUACCACUGCGACCAAACACUUUUCUGGGCCUUCCGACGUGAGGGAUCUGGUUCUCCAAGGGGUGGAGAAUGCCUCUGCAGGGCCGGCCGACGUGAUGGACACGAAGUUAUGUAAAUAA